UAUAGUGUCGGGCAGCGAGCGGCCAGUCAUUCACACCUCGGCUCGCCCCAACAGCGAACACACACCAUGAGAACCUUCUCUCUGAUCGUGCUGCUCUGUGCCCUGGUGGCCGUCGCCCUGGCUGCCCCCGGUGGAGGCUAUGGUUACGGAGGUCACCGUGGAGGCUACGGAGGUCACCGCGGAGGUUACGGAGGUCACCGCGGAGGCUACGGAGGUCACCGUGGAGGCUACGGAGGUCAUCGCGGAGGCUACGGAUACGGCGGUGGACACGGCGGAUACGGCGGAUACGGCGGUGGACACGGCGGAUACGGCGGACACGGCGGAUACGGCGGAUACGGUGGAUACGGCGGUGGACAUGGCGGAUACGGCGGUGGAUACGGCGGUGGACACGCCUCCGCGGUGACCUCCGUAGCCUCCACGGUGACCUCCGUAGCUUCCACGGUGACCUCCGUAGCCUCCGCGGUGACCUCCGUAGCCUCCACGGUGACCUCCGUAGCCAUAGCCUCCACCGGGGGCAGCCAGGGCGGCGACCACCAGGGCAAAGAGAAGCACGAUCAGAAAGAAGGUCCUCAUGUAUAUAGUGUCGGCCACCGAACGGCCAGUCAUUCACACCCCGGCUCGCCCCAACAGCGAACACACACCAUGAGAACCUUCUCUCUGAUCGUGCUGCUCUGUGCCCUGGUGGCCGCCGCCCUGGCUGCCCCCGGUGGAGGCUAUGGCUAUGGAGGUCACCGUGGAGGCUACGGAGGUCACCGUGGAGGCUACGGAGGUCACCGCGGAGGCUACGGAUACGGCGGUGGACACGGCGGAUACGGCGGAUACGGCGGAUACGGCGGAUACGGUGGUGGAAACGGCGGUGGACAUGGCGGAUACGGCGGUGGGUACGGCGGUGGAUACGGCGGUGGAUACGGCGGUGGACACGGUGGAUAUGGCGGAUAUGGCGGAUACCGCGGCUGA